AGUUAUCCCAAGUAGCUCAGUGGCUUUGAGAUCUGUGGAGCACCUGUAGGUUUACGAGCGUCGCGCAGGCUCUAGCCCAGCCCGGCCUGGCCACCUGCCUUCCCUCGGCCUCCGCCCGGCGCGCCAUGGGCCCUUUAUACCGCAGUCUCUCCGCGCUCCUGCUGCUGCUCCGGAUUUCACCGUGCCUCUGCCAGGAACCGGAGGAGCCCUGUCACUCCGGCUUCGAUGCCGAGAGCUACACUUUUACUGUGCCCCGGUGGCACCUAGAGAGAGGCCGCGUCCUGGGCAGAGUGAGUUUUGAAGGAUGCACAGGUCGACCAAGAACAGUCUACUACUCUGCCGACUCCCGAUUCAAAGUGGGUACAGAUGGUGUAGUUACAGUGAAACGGCCUCUACAGCUUCAUAAACCAGAGACCAGUUUCUCUGUCCAUGCCUGGGACGCUGCCUUCAGAAAGUUUUCCACCAAAGUUACACUGAAGGCAGAGGGACCCCGUCAUCAGCACCACAACCACCACCGCCAGGACCAUGACCAGGACAAUUCCCCUGGAACACAGCUAGAAGUGAUCAAAUUUCCCAACUUCCACCAUGGUCUCAGAAGGCAGAAAAGAGACUGGGUUAUCCCACCCAUCAGCUGCUCAGAAAAUGAAAAAGGCCCAUUUCCUAAAAGGCUGGUUCAGAUCAAAUCCAACAGGGACAAAGAAACUAAGGUUUUCUAUAGCAUCACUGGCCAAGGAGCCGACACACCCCCUGUUGGUGUGUUUAUUAUUGAAAGAGAAACAGGAUGGCUGAUGGUGACAGAGCCUCUGGAUAGAGAAAACAUUGCCAACUACACUCUCUUAUCUCAUGCUGUGUCAUCAAACGGGAUCGCAGUGGAGGAUCCCAUGGAGAUCGUGAUCACAGUGACAGAUCAGAAUGACAACAGGCCUCAGUUCAUCAAGGGGGUGUUUGAGGGAUCUGUCAUGGAAGGUGCUCUUCCAGGAACUUCUGUGAUGCAGGUGUCAGCCACUGACGCAGAUGAUCCUAACACCUACAACGCUGAGAUUGCUUACACUAUCCUCAGCCAAGAGCCCACAUUGCCUCACAGUCAAAUGUUUAGCAUCCACCGGAUCACAGGGGUCAUCAGUGUGGUCACCACCGGGCUGGACCGAGAGAGUUAUCCCACUUAUACCCUGGAGGUUCAGGCUGCUGACCUUCAAGGUGACGGCUUAAGCACGACAGCAAAAGCUGUGAUCACAGUGACAGAUGUCAACGAUAAUCCUCCCAUCUUCAACCCAACCAUGUACGAGGGUCAGGUGCCUGAGAAUGAGGUCAGUGCCGUCAUCACAACACUCACAGUGACUGAUGAUGAUGCCCCCAAUACCCCGGCUUGGCAGGCCGUGUACACCAUACUGAAUGAUCCUGACAAGCAGUUCAUUGUCACCACAGACCCGAUAACCAACAACGGCUUUCUGAAAACAGCUAAGGGUUUGGAUUUUGAGGCCAAGCAGCAGUACAUUCUAUAUGUGACAGUAACAAAUGCAGUCCCCUUUGAAGUGAUUCUUCAGACCUCCACAGCCACUGUCACUGUAGAUGUGCUGGAUGUCAAUGAAGCCCCCAUCUUUGUGCCCCCCACAAAAAGAGUAGAAGUAUCAGAAGACUUUGGGGUGGGCUCGGAAAUCACAUCUUACACAGCUCGGGAACCAGAUACAUUUAUGGAGCAGAAGAUUACGUAUCGGAUUUGGAGGGAUGCUGCCAACUGGUUGGAGAUUAAUCCGGACACUGGUGCCAUUUUCACUCGGGCAGAGCUGGACAGAGAAUCCAUUGAUCAUGUGAAGAACAGCACAUACACAGCGGUUAUCAUCGCCACCGACAAUGGUUCUCCAAUCGCCACUGGCACAGGAACCCUCCUCUUGUUCCUCUUUGACGUGAAUGACAACGGCCCCACCCCAGAACCCCGAAACAUGCACUUCUGCCAGAGGGAUCCCCAGCCUCAAACCAUAAAGAUCAAUGACCCAGAUCUGCCCCCCAACACCUCCCCCUUCACGGCAGAGCUCACCCACGGGGCGAGCGUCAACUGGACCAUCGAGUAUACCAGUUCAGCCCAAGACGCCAUCAUCUUGAAGCCAAAGAAGACCAUGGAGGUGGGCGACUACAAAAUCAAUCUCAAACUCAUUGAUAACCAGAACAAAGACCAAGUAACCACUUUGGAUGUCGGUGUGUGUGACUGUGAAGGGACUGUCAGCAACUGCGUGAGGGCAAAUUACGUAGAAGCCGGGCUGCAGGUGCCUGCCAUCCUGGGCAUUCUAGGAGGAAUCCUUGCUCUGCUAAUUCUGAUUCUGCUGCUCCUACUGUUUGUUCGGAGAAGAGGGGUUGUCAAAGAGCCCUUACUACCCCCAGAAGAUGACACCCGGGACAAUGUCUACUACUAUGAUGAAGAAGGCGGUGGCGAAGAGGACCAGGAUUUUGACUUGAGCCAGUUGCACAGGGGCCUGGACGCUCGGCCUGAAGUGACCCGCAAUGACGUAGCCCCGACCCUCAUGAGCGUGCCCCAGUACCGACCCCGCCCUGCCAACCCCGAUGAAAUUGGGAAUUUUAUUGAUGAAAACCUGAAGGCGGCCGACAGUGACCCCACAGCGCCCCCCUAUGACUCUCUGCUUGUGUUCGACUAUGAAGGGAGCGGCUCUGAAGCGGCCAGUCUGAGCUCCCUGAACUCCUCUGAGUCGGACCAGGACCAGGACUACGAUUACCUCAACGAGUGGGGCAAUCGCUUCAAGAAGCUGGCAGACAUGUACGGAGGGGGCCAGGAUGACUGAGGGGACUUGGGAGACUCCAGCGGUGUGCAACGCAGAACAACAACGUUCCUGGUGAUUUCCAGCUCCCGUCCCUUGAGAUGAACUCCUGGGACCAAGACUGAUGCAUUAUCCAGUUCAGAUAGUUAGGGUUUCUCCUUCAUAGCUCUAUUUUGUGUCUGUGUUAGGAAGGUUUAACUUCAUGGAAUCUUUUUUUGGUGCCCCCUCCCCCCGCCCAUAAUCUGUACAUAGUAAUGAGGUCCCAAAGCUCCUGGAAUUUUGAUAUUUCAAAGUUGCAGCCUCAGACGUUUUUGCUGACUGCCAGGCAUGGUGGUGCACACUUCUAAUCUUGGCGCUCAGGAGGCUAAGGGGGUUGGAUUGCUGUGAGUCCGAGG